GGUUUAAUAGAUUCACAUGAGAAACCAUCAGCUUGUAUGACUUCUUGCAUAACAUCACAAAUUCUAGAAGGUCCGUGUUUGCAACCCAUACAAGAUGAUGAUGUGAACGACCAAUACAACAACAUCCUCAACAAUAAAUGGUUCAUGUUGGAUAUGCUGUAUGCCCAUAAUAACUUGCCUUUUGCCAAGGAUGAAAGAGUUAAAGAAUUGGAGGCAAAGAUAGAUUUAAAGAAGGUGUUGAAUGCAAGUGAAGAUACUGUUAUCAGCCUAGCCAGCAGGAUUUCAGUCCUACAAACUACUAAGCAGGCCAAAGAUGAAUGUAUAAAAAAAAUGGAGAUUGGAAGUUUGGAAAAUCAAGGCAAUGUGAAGAUCUUUGCAGAAAGAUUCAACAGUGGUGAUGUGGCCAAAAUUUCCAAUUUACCUGAAAAUGAUUUUAAUGAAAAGAUUUCUGAAAAAACACCCCUGCAAAUUAAAACAGAAUCUGACUUUAUUUGGGAUCAACUCUUGGCUAGUCCAAGAAAACUGAAAAUCAAAGAUAUGGAUUUCACAGAUUUAGGAGAUGAAGAUGAUAUUGACAUAUUGGACAUACAGAUCAGUUCUAGUGAUGCCCUAGUUCCUCCUCCCCCACCCAUACCUUCUGUUUUAGGUUUUCCUCCUCCACCCCCUCCAUUGCUUUAUAGGUGUCCUCUUCCACCCCCACCUUCUGGUAAUUUAAUGGCUCCAUGUCUAUCAAGCACCCCUCAAGGUUUAGGGUCAUCCCCACUUCCUAGAGAUGAAGCAAACUUUAUAAAAAAGAAGAAAACCAUUCGUCUCUUUUGGAAUGAGGUGAGGCCAUUUGAAUGGCAGGGCAAGGAAAACAGACACUGCAAAGGAUUCCUGUGGUCAAAACUAGAGCCUAUUAGAGUAGACACUGCCAAAUUAGAAUACCUCUUUGAGACUAAAUCCAAGGAUCUUCCUAUCACAAAGAAAACUGCUGCUGAUGGCAAGAGGCAAGAAAUCAUUGUCCUGGAUUCCAAGCGGAGCAAUGCUAUUAAUAUAGGACUGACUGUAUUACCACAUCCAAGGACAAUCAAGGUUGCCAUUUUGAACUUUGAUGAAUAUGCCUUAAAUAAGGAAGGAAUAGAGAAAAUUCUUACAAUGAUUCCCACAGAAGAGGAAAAGCAGAAAAUUCAAGAAGCUCAGUUAGCCAAUCCUGAUAUCCCUCUGGGUACUGCUGAACAGUUCCUACUGACCCUGUCUUCCAUUACUGAGCUUACUCCUAGACUUCAGCUCUGGGCAUUUAAAAUGGAUUAUGAGCUUGUGGAAAAGGAGAUUGCAGAACCACUUUUAGACCUGAAGGAAGGAAUGGACCAGCUAGAGAAUAAUGCUACCUUUGGAUUUAUUCUUUCUGCUCUCUUAGCUAUUGGAAAUUUUCUCAAUGGAACCAGUACUAAAGCCUUUGAACUAAGUUACCUUGAGAAAGUGCCUGAAGUCAAAGACACAGUCCAUAAACAAUCUCUGCUUCAUCAUGUAUGCACAAUAGUGGUGGAAACAUUUCCAGAUAGCACAGAUCUUUAUUCUGAGAUUGGAGCUGUCACUAGAUCAGCCAAGGUUGACUUUGAACAACUUCAGGAUAACUUAUGUCAAAUGGAAAAAAGAUGCAAAGCAUCAUGGGAUCAUUUGAAGGCCAUUGCUAAGCAUGAAAUGAAAUCAACAUUAAAACAAAAAAUGUCAGAGUUCCUUAAAGACUGUGCAGAAAGAAUAAUAAUUUUAAAGAUUGUCCACAGAAGAAUAAUCAACAGGUUCCACUCCUUCUUGUUAUUUAUGGGCUAUCCUCUUUAUGCAAUCCGUGAAGUCAACAUCAAUAAAUUCUGCAAGAUUAUUAGUGAAUUUGCACUGGAGUAUCGUACCACCAGGGAACGGGUUUUGCAACAGAAACAGAAGCGAGCCAACCACAGAGAAAGGAACAAAACCAGAGGAAAAAUGAUCACAGAUUCUGGAAAGUUCUCUAGUACAUUUCCAACACCUCACAAUCAACUGCAAGAGUAUCAGGAUACCGAAAAUGCUGUAGAACAUGAGAACAUGAAAGCUGUCCUGAAGACGUCAUCUCCAACUGGAGAGAACAUUGCAUUAGGAAUACGCACUCGAUCCAGGGCCAAUCAAGGCAAUGCUGGUUCAUGGAACCCUAGCAAUGAUGAUUUGACUAAUGCUACAGACAAUGCAGCAGAUGAGAUAAUGGAUCGUAUUGUCAAGUCUGCCACACAAGUGCCAAGUCAACGUACAGUGCCCAAAGAAAGAAAGCGAUCAAGAGCAAACAGGAAGUCAAUAAGAAGGACAUUGAAGAGUGGAUUGUCUCCAGAAGAAGCCAAAGCUUUGGGUCUGAUAAGCACUUCAGAGAUGCAAGUGUGAUGACAGCAAUUACGUCUGCUAAAAGAAAAAAAAAUCUUUCUUUUUUUUCAUGCAUGCAUGCCAUCAACAGUCUUCAAAUUCAACACCCCCUGCCAGUUUCAGCUACUAUUUGUUUUAUCCCACUGUUGCAUGAUGCUAAAUCAAAUAAUAAAUUGAAAUUAGUAAACUAAUCUUGUAAAAGUAUCUAACUGACUGCUACAAAAAUAAAUUACAGGAGCAGAAGGUCAAUUGAACAUUGUGUCACAUUCAUUUUGUCAUGCUGUAUUGAAGAGAGUUGCCGUUGGGCUAUCUUGUAUUGUGCGAAAGGUGUUAAUGCUAAUUUUCCCUGCAGCACAUUGUAGUAAUUGUAAAGUACUAUGUUUUAUCAAUUCUUUAAACAAUUUUUCUUAAAGUUAUUUCUAUCUUACAAAGGCAGAACAAUAUACUUCAUUAUUUUUUAUCUUUUCACCAAGAAUGUAAAAUGUACCAAUUUGUGCAUGUACACAUGUACAUAUGGAAUCCAGAUGCCCAUAUGUUCCUUUUCAUAAAAACUCACUGAUUUGGAAUUCUGUUAGAAUAGCAUAUAAAUAUCUCAUGUCAGUCAAGCAUAAAUAUGAAAGAUAAGUUAAAUUAUAUCAGAAUAGUUUUAAACAAAAUACUGCUUCCUAAUUUCAUCCAGUAUCUUUUGUAUCGUUUCCUGAGAUUUCUUCUGGUCUGUAAAAAGAAAUUAAAUGAAUAU